AUGGAACCACCCGCAGCCCCAUCGGGGCUCCAAAACCGACAGUCUUCGCAAGAGAUCUUCGACAAUUCAUCCCUAUCUUCUGCUAAGCGCCGGUUCGACCAAAUUGUCAACCACUUUGGAAGCGAAGGCGAAGGCGAAGGUUUUAGACCAGGUCGCGACACGUAUGACCGCGUCAAACUCGUCAGCUUAACGUAUGAGCACUCAGCGAAUGAAAAGUCCAAGGAGAGACUUUUAGCUUCCUUCUUUGCGUUUGCAGGACUACCAAUAACAUCGGACGAAGAUGAAGAUGAAGACAUCGACUUUGACGACCCCAACCGUAGAGAUGAACUCCGAGCUUCCCUCGACAAUUUCGCGGAUUACCUUGUUGAUAACUUUUUUCUGCCACUCAAAGCAUCAACCAAAAAAACACCUCAACCUUCACCAGCGUCUCCUUCAGCCGUUAUGAGUACGCAAGCACAUGGAUUCGCAGGGAGUCUAGAGCGAAUCGCCAAUCUAAGAGGGGCCUGUCUUAUACGAGACCGCUAUCGGUGUGUCGUAUCAAACAAAUAUGACCACGCUGAGGCCUUGAAACGAUUCGAUUCGGAACGACAUGGCCAAGGUGAGGCAUGUGACCAAGAUGGCCAGCCUCUAGCAGGGCAACGAUUUGAUCGCCUCGAGGUGGCACACAUCUUGCCGCAUUCAUUAACACAACUUGACUCUGGCGGAGAAAUCGUGAGAGACUCUGGGACCAUCUCGCUAGCGAUACUUGAUAUGUUGGACGACGGAGCUGCCGAUCUGAUCGAGGGUAUCCUGAUCGACAGUCCUGGGAAUGCGUUAACGCUGACUUCAGCACUGCAUAUAUACUUUCGCGAUUUGAACAUAUUUUUCAAGCCUGAGGGUACAGUUCCGCACAGGUACCAUGUUGGGACUUUUCUUCCCCCAGGGUUCACAGAUGAUGUUCCUGUUACUCGGACUUUUUCUCUCACUGAAGACAACAUCGAUCCUCCAUCACCGCGACUGCUGGCAAUUCACUGCGCUAUCGGUCACAUCCUGCACCACUCUUGGGCGGGUGGUUAUAUCGAUCACAUUCUGACGGAUGCGGAGGAAUAUGGGAUUCGACAUGAUGGAAGUACUGAGCUACAUCGCCUAGUAGGACAUCGUCUAAACAACUGGGCUGGUAUUCAAACCCUGUAA